GGGAAGGGAUGUCUAGUGAUGUAGUGACGGCAUACACGGCAUACCAGUGCCACUACCAGUGCAGUGCAUACGAUGCCAUCACUGACAGAGUGUAUGAGAGUCUGAUGUGAAAGCAAUUGAGUGAACACUUAAUGGCGUAAACCUGAAGGCACUGACAUUAGAUUGGAUCACAUCUGAAGAAUAGACGCCGAGAUUUGAUGUAAAGGGAUGUCACACCACAGCGACGACGCGAUGCUGAUCGCCGGCUCCGACAGCUUCUGGGAGCCGGGAAACUACAAGAAGACCACUAAACGCACGGAUGACGGCAACAAACUAUUCAAUGAUUUGACUCUUUUGAUCAAAGAGAGGGCAGAUAUUGAGCAGAAUUAUGCGAAAAGUCUGCGGACGUGGUCUAAGAAGUGGAACGAACUGAUCGAAAAGGGCCCGGAAUAUGGCACCACCGAAGCCGCGUGGAAGGCCGUGCUGUCUGAGGCCGAGCGCCGGUGCGAUCUGCACAUGAAGGUGAAGGACAACCUCUCGCAGACGAUUAUCUCGCAGAUAAAACAGUGGCAAAAAGACAACUUCCAUACGUCUAUGUUUGCGCUGAAGGAGAAGAAAGAGUUUGACGACGCCUUCAAAAAAGCACAGAAACCGUGGGCUAAAAUCCUAUCGAAAGUAAACAAAUGCAAAAUCGAUUACCACAACGCCUGCAAAAACGAAAGGACUGCCAUUAAUCAGGAGCGAAACGCUUCUGGAGAUACAUCCCUAUCCCCCGAUCAGGUGAAGAAACUUCAGGACAGAGUAACCAAAUCUAAAGAAGACGUCAUAAAGACUAAAGAGAAAUACGAGGCGUCGCUCAGAGAAAUCAAUGACUAUAACGCCAAAUACAUGGAAGACAUGACUGUCGUCUUCGAGAAAUGCCAGGAGUUUGAAGAAAAGCGACUAAAUUUUGUUAAAGACAUGUUGUUUGCAAUUCACGGCUGCCUUAAUAUUUCAAAAGCUCCAGAAUUACCUCAAAUCUACGAAGAAUACAGACAUACCAUUCAGAACGCCGAUGCAAACAAAGACCUCAAGUGGUGGUCCAACAACUUUGGGGUCGGAAUGGCUAUGAAUUGGCCUCAAUUUGAGGAAUAUACACCAGAACUGCAACACAUCUCAAAGAAGGAGAAAAAGUUAUUGUCUGAAGGUUUGAACACAAAUGAUAUCACACUAUUGGAGCACAGAAUGGAUGUUCACAAGAAUUCUGUGAAUAACGGACACAAAAUGGACAAACAAAACGAUAUUAAGAGAACCAAUGGAAAACAAGAAGUGAAUCCCUUUGAUGACGAGGAGCAAUGGGAUGACGACUAUGGACAUGACCCACUCGUUGAUAGCGGCGAACCCGGUGUUCCCGUUCGAGCCCUGUAUGACUACAACGGUGCUGAAGCUGACGAACUGACUUUCAAACAGGGCGAUGUAUUCGAGAAAUUGGAGGACGAGGACGAACAGGGCUGGUGUAAAGGAAGAAAGGACGGUCGCGUAGGUCUAUAUCCGGCUAAUUAUAUUGAAGUCCUUCACCAUCAAUGAGUCCAUCAUUACUUAAAUUAUUAAAAUUUUGAACAUUUUCUAAACUUUUGUUAUAAAAACAUA